UAUCAUUCAGGAACAUCGGGUGUUCGAAGUGCGAAUGGAUGCUGGAUAUGCCGUUUGAGACGGAAGAAAUGCGAUGAGACCCAACCCAACUGUCAAGCAUGUGCAGAUCUAGGCAUAGACUGUGAAGGUUACGGACCACGACCGCCUUGGAUGGACAGAGGUCCGCUAGAACGCGAGAAAGCGGAAGCGAUUAAGGCAGAAAUUGCCCGUGCGGGGGGAAAGAGGAGACGGAUUUCAGUGAGCCAUAAACCUUUGUCGCCUCAGCCGUCACUCAAGUCCCCAAGCGGCGAUUCUUUCGGUCCACGACGCCCAUCUACAGGCCGAUUUGAUGGAGUGGCGCUUCAAAAUACCCCCGAGACAACGCCAAAAUCUUUGCUGUAUCCGCAGGUGGAAGACACACAGAGCCUGACAGAUUAUAGCUUUGGUCUGAUAUCUCCAGGUGAUGAACUGUGGACUGAUGACAUGAUCAAUUGGCAGGAUCAGGUUCUUCCCAUACGACUUGACGAUGGAAAAUCAACAGUUUUGCCGCCACGGAUUUCGUCACAUGUACCGUCACUUGAUCAAUGCUCCAUAUCCGGCGAACUCUCUCUACAGGGCCUCCGAUCACCAUUGCCUGUCGUUCAAAACGAGAGACAUCUGUCUGGAAACAUGGGCCAGACCGUCAAUGGUGGGAUGUCCACAUAUUGGGAAAGAAUCGGGUUCCAGACCGAUUCCGUGUUUACUACAACCAAUAGCCCCGGGGUUGUUCAUCGAGGUCUUGAUGAUCUGUUACCAGGUCUCUCAGGUAACUCUUCGAGCACCUCGAGCCUCGACUUAACAAUAAGCUCCCGAAAGCCCAAUCUGCAAACAGCUGUUAUGCUCUCUUAUUAUCUCAACAAAGUGCUUCUCGAGCAAUUUCGUUUUAGUUCGAAUACUAACAUAAUAGGUCAGCUGUGGCUACAAGUUCUGAUAUAUAGUUCCGAGCACUUGCUAGAGAUCACCCUGAUACUCAGUCAAGCACAUUAUAUUUGGGAGUCGAACCCGGAUUUUGCAAAGACCUACGAGACCGAUUUGAGCAAAGCAAUGCGCAUUCUAAGGACGCUGCACUCGCCAAAUACUAUGAUGCGCAUGCUCGAUAAGGAGCAGAGAGCAAUGCAAGCCGUCGUUGCCUGCGCAUGUUUCCACCAGGUCAUCUGUCUCGAGCUGCUGUAUGGCGGGAACAGCCAUUGGCAACAGUGCCUCACCCAGGCGGGUCCGUAUACACAGAUUUUAAUCGAUAUAGUCGUGCGCGGCGGCAUCGAUGCAAACCAAUCUGAACCUCUUUCAUUAGCUACAGAACAGACAUUGUUAGCUGCAGCCAAAACACUUCUGGCUCGUCUGAUCUGGCUUGACAUUAUGGCGGCUGUAUCGACAGGUAGCAGAUCAUACCUAAAGACUAAUCACAGCUACCUCUUGAGCUUGGAGUUUGUUGACAUGGCAGAAGUAUUUGGAUGCGAGAACUGGGUGGUCAAGGAACUACACGAGAUCAUCUCCCUGCAUGAAUGGAAGAAACAAGCAGAGGCUGAACAGAACCUCAACAUCAUGCAGCUGGCUACGCACGGGGCGGCCAUCUUACAAUCUCUGAAAGAGCAAAUCGCACAGUUGGGCGAUACUAGGCCGAAGACCGCAAGGACUCAAGCCGGAGGAGCCAACGACAACCACUCCUCCAAUUGCACAAAAUACGUUGACAGAUAUAUGGCCAAAUGUAUAACAGCCACUUAUGCUCAAGCUGCGACGAUCUUCCUUCACGUGGUUUUGUCCGGACCUCUUCCGUAUCUACAGGAGAUACAGGCGGCGCAGGCAGAACUGCGAUCAUCUCUGGAUGUCCUCGCCAGUAAAAAGCUGACUGGCUACGUCGCGUGGCCUCUAUGCGUGGCGGCAUGCUUCGCGACGGACGACGAGCAAGAUCCGCCCCUUUCCCCCGCAAGCUUGGAGGUGCAUGGCAACCCCAAGAUGUCCAAGGUAUGCAUCGAGGCAUUGAACAUCGGCCAGAAGUGCCGUUCGAUCAGAAAGGGCGGAGAAAGUGCUGAGUGGAUUUCGGCCAUGAAAAGUCUUCAGACGUGCAUUUUGUUGGCCUAGAAUAGAGAUUCCGUGAGAAAACAGUAUUCAGUACACCAUUAAUUCGUUGUAGACGGACUCCAUAUGGCUGAAAAAUUUCUUCCCCAGGUGUGUGGACAAGUUGAAGCCGUUAAGCAUGCAGCUUUAAGUCAGCAGAUAGAUAGACGUCGCAAGCGCAAGGAUCCGUGUGUUCCGUCUUGCUGUAC